AUGCAGAAUCGUCUCCAGCUGUGCAAGACGGGCACCGGUGACGCCAUGGAUGCCACACGAUACAGAAGCGUCGUCGGCAGCCUUCGAUACCUCUGCAACACUCGACCUGACAUCACCUACGCCGUCGGCAUCGUCAGCAGGUAUCUGGAGGCGCCUGCAGAAUUGCAUUGGGCUGCGGUGAAGCAAAUCCUCCGCUAUGUUAGCGGGACUUUGGAGUAUGGUUGCUGCUACAAGCGCGGAGGAAUUUCAGCGCCGGAGGUGAUUGGCUACAGCGACAGCGAUCACGCCGGCAACGUGGAUGAUCGGCGGAGUACGACUGGAGUGGUGUUCUUCCUUGACUCCAGCGUGAUCACCUGGAUAUCUCAGAAGCAGAAGGUCGUCGCCAUCUCGUCAUGCGAGGCUGAGUACAUGGCGGCGGCAUCCGCAACAUGCCAGGGUGUGUGGCUGUGCAGGUUCCUUGGCGAGCUCACCGGCGACGCGCCAACAAUGGCUAAGCCGUCGACAACAAAUGGCAAGGUGGAUGUCGACCAUGUUGGCACUGAUGGACAGCUUGCCGAUGUUCUCACCAAGGCGCUGGGCAGAAUCAAGUUCAUUGAGCUGCGACAGAAGCUCGGCGUUGUUAAGGUGAUCCCUGAGCACAAGGAUUAG